AUGGGUGAGUUGGUCAGCAGCGCACAUUCACACACAGACACACAUGCCAAUACACAAGUGUCGGACAGGACCGCCUCUGCGGCGAGAACUCGUACGUCGGAAACAAAUCCAUUCAGAGCAGUCAGAGGUGAUCUGGUGUUUGGAACUAUCCGUCCCGAAUACUCUGAUGGACCCAUGACCUACGAAUUCAACAGGUCAGAGGUGAUCUGGUGUUUGGAACUAUCCGUCCCGAAUACUCUGAUGGACCCAUGA